UAUUUUUUUUAUCUAUUUAAUGAAUUAUUUGCAUUUGUUUACUUGUGUCCCCACUUGUCAGUUAUUUGCCCAUACAUUUUAUGAGUAAAUGAAUGUGGUAAAUUCAUGUUUUUUUUGGGGGGGGGGUUUACACAUGAAAAGUUGAUAAACUUUUCCUGAUUAUGAUUAAGUUCAACAGUGCUAACCAAUGGCCUAACUUUGGGGGUAAGAUCCAUUAGUAGCAGUCUUAUUUGGACUUAACUUGAAGUUCUUGUUGCAAUGACUUGUACUUGACUAGUUUUACUCUUUACAGAAAUUCCGUUGCGCGCUUUGACUGGUCUUUACGGUAUCCAUGUCAUCACUUCCGUUAACGAGACCCUGCGCUUUGUACUGAUUAGUUGAUGAAAACAGCUAACGGCAACUAACAGUAGCCGCUCAGAACUGCUUUAACUGCAGUCUGCGCGUCCACCUGUGACUUAGGUUCGGUGAAGAGGUUCGGCAGGGUCGCGGCCUCGCGUCCGGCGCUCGUGUCACGUGUCCGGGUCUUUAAACUUGCGUCUUCCCCCUGUUAAGUUGGCCGCUCCACAGCGAUGCUGAGCAGCGUUGCUCUGCGGGCUCAGGUCGCCUCCAUCAUCGAUGCCCUGUCCAAAGCGGCGGUGGCGGAGAUCUCCAAAGUCGUGGAGGAUGGCAUGGUGGUGCUGCGGCUGGAGAUGUGCCAACGAGAAAGCGAGAUCAAGAAGCUGAAGAGCAACAUCGAGCUCCUUCACACGGAGCUGAGAGCUGCUCAGGACAGAGGGGGGGGAGGAGGAGGAGUGACCCUGCGACCUGACAGCCGCGGGGGGGAGGGUGGUCAGAGUGGCACUGUUGACGAGAGGACCUCACUGGAUAAUGUGCAUGUUGAAAAGGACGCCAGCAGCCUGUCCAUAUCUGAGAUCAAGGUUAAACCUGAACCCGUGGGUCAGGGGAGUAAAGAGAUCAGAGGGCAAGCAGAUCAGCUGGGAGAAGAGUUGGCUGUGUUUGAGGGGAACAGUGGCCAGUGGAAGUCAACGAAUCAAAACGAGGCAGGACGUAAUGACUCAGAUUUUUUGAAGUUAAGGCAGAACUCCAUGUCAUCUCUGCCUGAAUCCUCCCUGGACCCUGGACUGGCUGUGCCCUGCAGCAGCUCCGGUGGGUUUCAGCCCAGCCCGUUCAGCCGAGGGUUGCUGGGUUACAGUCAGUAUCGUAACUUGUACAACACGGCGCGAAGGCGGACGGUGAAGAGGCUGAUGUUCAAGAAGGGCUUCAUCUGUCCCUACUGUGGCAAAUGUUUUGAGCGUGCCGGACACCUCGAGAGACACAAAAGGAUUCACACCGGCGAGAAGCCGUAUCGAUGUGAGAUAUGUGGCAGGCGCUUCAAUCAGAAAUGUAGCCUCAAGGAGCACAUGAAGAUCCAUAGAAGAAGUAUUGAGCCCAGGCCAAUUGAGGUGCAGGAAGUCGAGGUGAAACGGAUUCCUGAGUUAAAUCUUUGUGCUGAUACCCAUCAGCCUGAGGAAGAGAGCCAUGUCAGUGCUGAGAACAGCCUUUCCAAGGAGGAGGACAUUCUCCCAACACCUGUGCAGGUCAAAUCUGAGCCGAUGGAGGAGAAAAUAACACAAGCACCAUUCCAUGGCUUAAACGAGCAGGUGAGGGAAGGAGGAGUAGACAACCUGAGUGAGAACUUUCCAGCGUUUGAGAGAGACAGCCAGCAGUGGAUGCCCAGACUACAAGGACAAAACAACGCGGAGAUGAGCGGCAUAGAAUAUCUCAGCAGCUCGUCCCAGAACAUGACAUCCUUCCCUGGGAUUGCUCAGUUGCUCCCACCGCCAGUCGAGGCCUCUUGUAGCACCUUCUCGUUUCCGGGGAAACCAUACGGAGAGCUCGGCAACAGCAUGAUCUCGCAAACGCUCUACGGGUCUUUGGACACGCUCCUGAUACAGAGCGAGGCGGGUUUACACGGCAUGGCGGAGGCCUCGCUGAGUCACGCCCAGCCGAGGAGAGGCAGGCCUUCUCAGAUGUUCAAACCAAAGAAAAGCUUCGUGUGCUCGUACUGCGGCAAGAUCUUCGAGCGCGCCGGCCACCUCGAGAGACAUUUGCGGAUUCACACCGGGGAGAAACCGUACGGCUGCCAUAUCUGUGGGAGGUGCUUCAAUCAGAAAAGUAGCCUCAAGGGCCACAUGAGGACGCACAGAAAUGGGGAAACUGCAGAUGUGCUGGAGCCUCAUCACCUGAUGUUUACGCUUCCUGACAAUCACCCGCUGGAGAACCUGGCUGAGCCAAAGUCUGAUCUGGCAGCUUUUAAGGAACAGUUACCAGGCAGGGAGGUACCCGGUGGACAAACGGUCAUGGUGAAGGUGGAGCCAAACAGGGAGGAUUUCCCGACUCUAAGUCAGGCGCGUCUCGACAACGGCACGACAGCACCAGACCAAAGAGAGCUGUGGACGUCUGGGAUGGAGGGAGAGAGCGGCGACGCCAUGGUACGAACUGUCCGAGUACUUCCCCACGACGUCAAGUAUCACCUCAGUCCUGCAGCAGACGGCGAGCAGCAGGAGCAGCAGGAGCAGCAGGAGCAGGAGCAGGGAUACACGUGCACGUCACCAGGCAAGGACGUGCCUUUUCUACACGACGAGGAAAAGAAGGACAUGAUGCACGGCGGCCAGUAUUCGGUGAUGGCGAUGCAAAGAAGCACAGACAUGACUCUCACCUCCGAGUUCCAGGAUCAACACAUCACGCGGGAAGUGGUCGUGAGCGAUUACGGCGCAGUCGGCCUUGACGCGAGCCGAGAGGGUGCCGCGUUUGAGUUCAACAUGUCCGCCGCGCCAGGAAACCGCGAGGACGGCUGCGUUGGUGACGCCACCAGACAUAAUUGCUUUAUUUGUUCAGGUUGUGGGCAAAGCUUUGACAGUUUCAGUUUAUUUCAGCGGCAUCAGUGUCCAAAUAUCACUGAGCAAAGCUAAAACUGAAUCACAGCACUGGUAAAUAAUGAUGAACCCAGAUCAGUGUGUAAAAUAAGUAUUUGGCCGAUAGCUGACACAGAUACCGAUAAUUAUUAUUAUUUUUCUCUUUUGUGGUUGGAGCACAAAAUCAUCUUUAUUAAUAAUAAUACACGUGGUACAAGAUAGGCGCUUCCUCUCAACGUUCCCUGUAUGUUAGUGCUUUGGUCGAUGUGCUCCCUCUGCUGGUAAUAUUCCUAAUUACACAGCAUGUCAGGCCCGAGAAAUUACACUCAAAGAAAGGAAAACAAUUCGUUUGUUCUAAAUACUUAACCAAUUUAAAGACAAUCUUCUAUUAUAACAAGCCUUUGUAGCCUCUUGUUCAGCUACUUAUUCAAUUAAAAGAUAUUUAUUUUAGUCGAGGUCAUCUGAUGUUGGCUAACACUGAUUUAUGAUGCCAAUUUUCUUUUUUAUUGAUAGUUGAUAAUGUUUUUGGUCGAUAUUUCCCCUCAUCCAUUCUAAUCUUAGUAACUUUAUACAUGAUACACAGAAUUGUUUGACUUCUACAUAUAUAUUUUGUAUAUAAAGCUUUAUAUUUUCAAAUUCACGUAUGAACUAAAUAUUAAACACAGGAAACGGAUAUUAAAUAUUAGGGGUGGGAAUUGCCAGAGAUGCCACGAUACGAUGUUAUCAUGAUAUUUAAGUAUCUGUGAAAUCUAUAUAUACUCACACAACAGGACUGAAACAUCAAUUAUGGAUUUUUUAAUGCUAAUCCACAAAAAGCUGAAUGCUUAUUUGUAAAAUCAUGUUAAAAAGUUAAUGUACUACAUUAAUACAUAAUUAUUGGCUGAGAAUACAGUUAAAAAUGGUAAAAAAUCGUCCCGAGUAUUCAAGUCUACUUCAAUUUUUCGGUUCACAGAGCCCAGAUAAACAUUGGUGUCUGUAUCAGUGAAUGUUGCUUUACUUUACUUUUGUCCCAUUUUAUUUUACAUAUUUCACAUCAUGUUUUGCUGCUACUUUGACCUGCUUUUUUCAUCUCCUCUGUUCAAGAAAGAAAGAAAGAAAAGACAAAAAGGAAAAAAAACAUUGUCCUAACUCUUGACUUACUCUCUGAUUUGUUUGAUUUAAAUACAAAAAGUACAUUGCACUAUUGAAGGUAUUUCACACAGAGCCACGCUGACUUGUUUUCCUUUACAUUGACCAGUAAUGAGAGAAAAGGCUUUAAGCUGAGACUUUGAUUUAUAUGGAUUGAAAGUCGAUCGAAAAGGAUGAUCAUUUUUGUGCAGAAAACAGUUUCAAAACCUGGGUUAAUAUAAUGGUUUUCCAUUUUUUUUACUAAAGUGUGAAGGAGGGUUUUUGUGAAAAAUGGUCUUUAGUCAGACAGACAGUUUAUUUAUUGUCCGAACUGUAAUCAAGAUAAGUUUUGAUAAAGCUUUGUAAACCACACCAAUGUCUGUGGAUUCACAUUCACUGCCCUGUUUUGUAAAAUCGCUUUAUUCUGAGGGUGGUGCAGUGAAAGUACACAGUAUUACAGUAUUUUUAAGUUGUUACCAAAUUGUAAUAUUCAGUACGAGAAUGUUAUCCCAGUACCUCAAUUUACUGUUGCCUUCAAAGCUGCUUAUAAAUACUGUACGUCGUCAAAACUUUAGCACAGUAUUUAAAUUUAAAUCAGUGUCACUAAAUUUGACAAGUAGCUGAGAAUUUAGAGAAUGAAAGCCACGGAGUUUAAAGGGAUAGUUAUAUUCUGUAAACUUCUCACACAAGAUUCCAUUGAGAAAAUCCUCAUUUUUAGCUUGCAGGGAAACGGGAGCUGCUGUUCUACUGCUGCCUCUUUUUUGUAAAUAAAUAACACAUUUGGAGUUACUGAUGGAGGCAGAUGUGGAUCAGCAACUCCUGACUUGAUAUAAAAUCACUGAUUUUCUCUAUGGACUUUGGUGCCGAGGGGUGAAUCUGUUUCCUUGUGUCCUUGUGCAUUGGAAAAAAAACCCUGAACUAUACCUUUAAAAGCUCAUUUUAUGUUAUGUUAUGUUGUUUCCUCUGAAGAUUAUUUAUUUUUUGGAGAAAUGUGUUUUUUGCGUACCAUGUCAUCGGUCGGAUAAGAAAAAGAAAGUGUUAAUCAUUGGAAAAGUGUGUGUCUGUGUGGAAAGUCAUUUAAAGUAAGAGUAGCAAGAGUAAAUUGUUCAUGUUUCUGACGCAGCUGUUCAGGUUGGUCGUCUCGUCGGUGACUGACAUGAAGAGGUCAUUGAAAAAGAAACGUGACAAACUAAAUACUCAUGCUAAUCCGUCUGGAGAGCAUCUGUCAGCGGCUGAUAGAGUUACGCAAUUACACUCAAUGUGCCUACAUUUUUCACACGGGAAUAAAAUCCCUAAUCACUGCAGACUUAUUGACUCUGUUAUUUCUUUUCAAAACAUCAUAAUUAUCUUAUUUAUAUAUAUAUGUAUAUGCUUUUUUCCCAAUUUGCUUUGAUUAGGUGGAUGGACAGACUUCCAGGGAGGUGAGGGAGUGUUGCACAACAUUUCGUUGUUUGUCUUUCUGCAUUUUUAAAUAAAUUAAAAUGAACUGGA